GUUCAUUAAGUUAGGCUACUUUUCCAAGAGAAUGUAAAUAGUUUUCCUCUUGAGUUACAGAGUUGCAACGUAUUAAGUUAAGUGGAAAGACUUAAGGACACACUUCAUUUGCAACACCAAUUAUUUCCCUUUAUUUCAAAUUGAUAACAUCAAGUUAUAAAUGCAUAAACUAUCAUAGGAUUGGGACUUUUUAUAUUAACCUAGAACAAAGGUCUGUAAUACAUUUUUUUCAGAACCCAGUUAACUCUGUCCCUGUUAAUAUGUGCCAUUAGAUAAUAAUAUUUCCACUACUGAAUUACCAUAUUUUCCAGUGCUGUCUUAAUUUCUAUACUUUUAAACAAAAACACAUACUGUUAUAAAUCAAACUUUGAUUCAUCCAAAUUUACGAAUUUUGUAGUAGUUUAAGCAUGAGAGAGGCAUUUGAAAUCCGUAUUAAAGACAGAGCACUAUUCAAAAAAUCCUAAGCGUUGGAGAGAUCCAGGUGCACUGGUGCAAGAUUUUAUCCCUUUGUGCAAAUAACAUUCAUCCAGAGCUGAAAGGGUGUGUUUAUAUGUCACAGGGUAUUUACAGCUGAGUCCAGCUGAUUCCUGAAGUCGACAGACAAGCAGUGCUUCCUCUAGAAAUGAAAGGAUUUGUGUCCAAGUACUGAGCAGCAAAACGACAUUAAUGCUUGGGAGAUGGGAAGUAAUGAUAGCUGGCACCUGAACUGAAAUAUCUGUGUAGGCACUACUCUCCCAGAACUUCAGGAUGAAUGGGGAUAUGCCUCAUGUUCCCAUCACGACUCUUGCAGGGAUUGCUAGUCUUACAGACCUUUUGAACCAGCUGCCUCUUCCAUCACCUUUACCUGCUACCACAACAAAAAGUCUGCUUUUCAAUGGACGGAUAGCUGAAGAGGUGAACUGCCUUCUGGCUUGCAGGGAUGAAAAUCUGGUUUCACAGCUUGUCCACAGUCUCAAUCAGGUGUCCACAGAUCACAUAGAGUUGAAAGAUAACCUUGGCAGUGAUGAUCCAGAAGGGGAUAUACCAGUCUUGCUGCAGGCUAUUCUGGCAAGGAAUCCUAAUGUUUUCAGGGAGAAAAGCAUGCAAAACAGAUACGGGGUACAAAGCGGGAUGAUGAUGUCACAGUUUAAUAUUUCUCAGAAUUCCAUGCGUGGUAGUCCUGCAUCUUCCAAUUAUCAACAAACCACUAUCUCACAUAGCCCUUCCAGCCGGUUUGUGCCACCACAGACAAGCUCUGGUAACAGAUUUUUGGCGCAACAAAACAGUCCAGUGCCUAGUCCAUAUGCUCCUCAAAGCCCUGCAGGAUACAUGCCAUAUUCACAUCCUCCAAGUUAUACAGCUCAUCCUCAAAUGCAGCAAGCAUCCGUAUCCAGCCCCAUUGUCACAGCUGGGAUGAGAAAUCUCCAUGAAAAUAAAGUUUCAAGUCAGUUGUCUGGAAGUUCAGCUAAUCAUCAUGCUGAUAAUUCUAGACAUGGCUCAAGUGAAGACUACCUACAGAUGGUGCACAGGCUCAGUAGUGAUGAUGGCGAUCCUUCAAUAAGGAAUGCUGCGUCUUUUUCCUUGAGGUCACCACAGUCAGUCUGCUCUCCAGCUGGAAGUGAUGGAGCCCUUAAAGGAUCAAGACAACCUUUAAUCCAACAAUCUCAGCCUCCACCUUAUUCAUCACCUAGAGAUGUUCCCCCAGACAUAUUGUUAGAUUCUCCAGAAAGAAAGCAAAAGAAACAAAAGAAAAUGAAGUUAGGCAAGGAUGAAAAAGACCAGACUGAAAAAGCUGCAAUGUAUGAUAUCAUUAGCUCUCCUUCCAAGGACUCCACUAAGCUUACAUUAAGACUGUCUCGUGUAAGAUCUUCGGAUAUGGACCAGCAGGAUGAUAUGCUUUCUGGUUUGGAAAACAGCAGUGUGUCAGAGGGUGAUAUUCCUUUUAAUGUGCAGUACCCAGGACAGACUUCUAAAACACCCGUUACUCCACAGGAUGUUAACCGCCCACUAAACGCUGCUCAGUGUUUGCCGCAGCAUGAACAGACAGCUUUCCUUCAGGCACAACAAGUGCCUGUUUUACAACAGAACACUUCAGUUGCUGCAAAACAGCCUCAAACUCCUGUGGUACAGACACAGCAACAGGUUUCGCAACAAGGAGCUAUAACGUCAUAUGAUGAAGUAGAAUUGGAUGCAUUGGCUGAAAUUGAGCGGAUAGAACGUGAAUCAGCUAUUGAAAGGGAGCGAUUUUCAAAAGAAGUGCAAGAUAAAGAUAAGCCUCUGAAGAAGCGAAAACAAGAAAACAAACCACCAGAGGCUGGAGGUGCUACUGGAGGAAAUAGAGCAGCUUCUCAGGAGACAGGUUCUGCAGGAAAUGGGGCAAGGCCAGCAUUGAUGGUUAGUAUUGAUCUGCAGCAAGCAGGAAGAGCAGACUCUCAGGCAACAGUAACUCAGGAUUUGGAUACCAUCAAAAAACCGGAAGAAAUUAAGCAGUAUAAUGAUGGGUUUGUGUGCAUUCCCCAAGAAGACACUGUUGGAGUUCUUAAGUUUAAACCUGAAAACCAUCCAGAAAUUUUUAGGAAAAAGUCAGACUUUGAAAGUCAAAAGACAGAUAUCCAGCAAAAUGAAAACAGACAAAUGGAAUUCCAGCAAAAUGAGACCAGACGGUUGGAAACUAAAUACAAUGAAGGCAAGCAGUUAGAAGUGAAACAUGAAAGCAGACAAAUGGAAAUGAAACAAAGUGAGACCAGACAGAUAGAAUCGAAACAAAACGAGAGCAGACAAAUGGAGAUGAAACACAAUGAGGGAAAACAAAACAAUGGCAAACAGGAAAUACGGCAGAGGCCAGAAACGCCGAAACAGAAGAGUGAAGGCAGACCUGAAACACCAAAACAGAAGAGUGAAGGGAGGCCUGAAACACCAAAACACAAACAUGAUAAUAGGAGGGACUCCAGUAAACCUUUGUCAGACAAGAAGAUUGAAAUAUCUAGGCACAAACUAGAUGUGAAAUCUGAUCCUUCAAGGGUGAAGCCUGAAAGUCGACCUGAUCCAACAAAACCGAGGCCUGAUGGGCGCUCAGUUUCUGAUACACCAAGGCGUGACCAUGAUAGCCUUAAACAAAGAUCUGAGGACAGGGGAGAGUCAGAGAGAUACAGAGGCGAUCCAUCCAAGAUUAGAAGGCCAGAAUAUUUGAGAUCCUCAAACAAAAAUGAGCAUGAUUCUAAGCAUGGUAUUAAAUCUGAUGGUUCAAAACCUGAGAAAUUUGAAAGGAAAUAUAGGCAUGAGUCUGGUGAUUCAAGGUUUUCUUCUGGGGAUCAAAAAUCAAGACCUGACAGCCCUCGUAUUAAACAGGAAGGUAAAGGGGAUUCUAGCAAAUCAAGACCUGAUAAACCUGGUUUUAAGUCACCUAACAGCAAGGAUGAACGAAGGACAGAUGGUAAUAAGAGUAAAGUGGAUAGUAAUAAAGCACAUGGUGACAAUAAAGCAGAGUUUCCCAGUUAUUUGUUGGGGGGAAGAUCUGGCGCAUUAAAACAUUUUGUCAUUCCAAAAAUCAAGCGUGAUAAAGAUGGCAAUGUUACUCAGGAGUCAAGGAAAACUGAAUUUAGAGGUGAACAUAAGGACAAAGUAGAGAAGAUUGGGCUAGUUGAAGAUCUAAAUAAAGGAGCUAAGCCUGUAGUUGUCCUUCAAAAGCUUUCCUUGGAUGAUGUGCAGAAAUUUAUUAAGGACAGAGAAGAUAAAUCAAGGGGCUCUUGUUUUAAACCUAACAAGAACAAGUCAUCCAAACCUAGUAAAGGUAGCAUAGAUCAGUCAGUGUUAAAGGAGUUGCCUCCUGAGCUCCUGGCAGAAAUUGAAUCCACCAUGCCACUUUGUGAACGUGUGAAAAUGAACAAGCGCAAACGUAGCACAGUUAAUGAGAAACCAAAAUAUGCUGAAAUCAGUUCUGAUGAAGAUAAUGACAGUGAAGAAGCUUUUGAAUCUUCUCGUAAGAGACACAAAAAGGAUAGAGAUGAAGCUUGGGAGUAUGAAGAACAUGACAGAAGAAGUUCUGGUGACCACAGGAGAAGUGGUCACUAUCAUGAAGGAAGGAGGAUCUCUGGUAGUGGCCGUUACCGUAAUCGCAGUCCCGAUGACUCUGAUAUGGAUGAUUAUUCUUCUCCUCCUAGCCUCAGUGAGGUGGCUAGAAAAAUGAAGAAGAAAGAAAAACAAAAGAAGAGGAAAGCUUAUGAACCUAAACUAACACCUGAAGAAAUGAUGGAUUCUUCAACCUUCAAAAGGUUCACUGCUUCAAUAGAGAAUAUUUUGGAAAAUCUGGAAGACAUGGAUUUUACAGCUUUUGGUGAUGAUGAUGAAAUUCCACAGGAAUUGCUACUGGGCAAACAUCAGCUUAGUGAGUUGGGUAGUGAAUCUGCAAAAAUCAAGGCAAUGGGCAUUAUGGACAAGCUCUCAACAGAUAAAACAGUAAAAGUCCUAAAUAUUUUGGAGAAGAAUAUUCAAGAUGGAUCAAAGCUGUCUACUUUACUUAAUCACAAUAACGACACUGAAGAUGAGGAGAGAUUAUGGCGAGAUCUUAUUAUGGAAAGAGUGACAAAAUCUGCUGAUGCUUGUCUUACUGCUAUCAAUAUUAUGACAUCACCAAAUAUGCCUAAAGCUGUAUAUAUUGAGGACGUAAUUGAAAGAGUUAUUCAGUACACAAAAUUUCAUUUGCAGAACACUCUCUAUCCUCAGUAUGAUCCUGUGUAUAGAGUGGAUCCUCACGGUGGUGGUGUUUUAAGUUCAAAAGCAAAGCGUGCCAAGUGUUCCACUCACAAACAAAGAGUUAUAGUGAUGUUGUAUAACAAAGUUUGUGACAUUGUCAGCAGUUUGUCAGAGUUGCUAGAGAUACAGCUUCUCACAGAUACAACUAUUCUUCAGGUGUCAUCGAUGGGAAUAACACCUUUCUUUGUGGAAAAUGUCAGUGAACUACAGUUAUGUGCCAUCAAAUUAGUGACUGCAGUGUUCUCCCGGUAUGAAAAACACAGACAACUAAUACUAGAAGAAAUUUUCACUUCCCUUGCAAGACUACCAACUAGCAAGAGGAGUUUGAGAAACUUCAGGUUAAACAGCAGUGACACUGAUGGAGAGCCUAUGUACAUUCAGAUGGUAACAGCACUAGUUCUGCAACUUAUUCAGUGUGUGGUGCACUUACCAUCAGCAGAAAAGGAUUCUAAUUCAGAGGAGGAAUCGAACAAGAAAGUGGAUCAAGAUGUGCUUAUUACUAACUCAUAUGAAACAGCCAUGAGAACAGCACAAAACUUCCUUUCUAUUUUUCUUAAGAAGUGUGGCAGUAAACAAGGGGAAGAAGAUUACAGGCCACUAUUUGAGAACUUUAUUCAAGAUCUACUUUCAACAGUCAAUAAACCAGAAUGGCCAGCUGCAGAGUUACUACUUAGCUUACUGGGAAGGCUAUUGGUUCACCAGUUCAGUAACAAAUCUACAGAAAUGGCAUUAAGAGUUGCAUCACUUGACUAUCUUGGAACUGUUGCAGCAAGACUGAGGAAAGAUGCAGUCACUAGCAAAAUGGAUCAAGGAUCUUUAGCCAGAAUCCUCAAACAGGUUUCAGGUGGAGAUGAUGAAAUUCAACAGCUGCAAAAGGCUUUACUAGAUUAUCUGGAUGAGAACACAGAAAUUGAUGCAUCAUUAGUGUUUUCUCGGAAGUUUUAUGUAGCUCAGUGGUUCCGUGAUACAACUAUGGAGACAGAAAAAGCAAUUAAAUCUCAGAAGGAUGAGGAUUCAUCUGAAGGAACUCAUCAUGCAAAAGAUGUUGAAACCACAGGACAAAUCAUGCAUAGAGCAGAAAGUCGCAAAAAGUUUCUUCGCAGCAUCAUUAAAACUGCUCCAUCUCAGUUCAGUACAUUAAAGAUGAAUUCUGAUACUGUGGACUAUGAAGAUGCAUGUUUGAUUGUUCGCUACUUGGCCUCUAUGAGGCCGUUUGCCCAGAGCUUCGAUAUUUAUUUGACACAGAUUCUGCGUGUACUUGGUGAAAAUGCAAUUGCUGUUCGAACAAAAGCCAUGAAGUGUUUGUCUGAGGUUGUUGCUGUAGACCCCAGUAUUCUAGCCAGGCUGGAUAUGCAGCGAGGAGUUCAUGGGCGGCUAAUGGAUAACUCCACUAGUGUACGAGAAGCAGCUGUGGAGCUGCUUGGACGAUUUGUGCUCUGUCGUCCCCAGCUUGCUGAGCAGUAUUAUGACAUGCUGAUUGAAAGAAUAUUGGAUACUGGUAUCAGUGUCAGAAAAAGAGUAAUAAAAAUACUUAGAGAUAUCUGCAUUGAACAACCAACCUUUCCCAAGAUUACAGAAAUGUGUGUGAAAAUGAUUCGGCGAGUCAAUGAUGAAGAAGGCAUUAAGAAAUUAGUAAAUGAGACAUUCCAGAAGCUCUGGUUUACUCCAACUCCGCACCAUGACAAAGAAGCAAUGACAAGGAAAAUACUAAAUAUCACUGAUGUGGUUGCAGCUUGUAGAGAUACAGGGUAUGAUUGGUUUGAACAGCUUCUUCAAAAUCUGUUGAAGUCAGAGGAGGAUGCCUCAUAUAAACCUGUGAAGAAAGCCUGUACUCAACUUGUUGACAAUUUGGUUGAGCACAUUCUUAAGUAUGAAGAAUCUUUAUCAGAUUCUGACAACAAAGGUGUGAAUUCUGGUCGCUUGGUUGCUUGCAUAACCACUUUGUUCUUAUUCAGCAAAAUAAGGCCCCAGCUAAUGGUCAAACAUGCCAUGACCAUGCAGCCAUACCUGACCACUAAAUGUAGUACCCAGAAUGAUUUCAUGGUGAUCUGCAAUGUUGCAAAAAUCUUAGAGCUUGUAGUACCGCUAAUGGAGCACCCAAGUGAGACCUUUCUUGCCACUAUUGAGGAAGACCUCAUGAAACUCAUCAUCAAAUAUGGCAUGACAGUUGUUCAGCACUGUGUGAGCUGUCUUGGGGCUGUUGUGAACAAGGUCACCCAGAACUAUAAAUUUGUGUGGGCCUGUUUUAACAGAUACUAUGGUGCACUUUCUAAAUUAAAAAAUCAACACCAAGAAGACCCCAACAGUACUAUACUCACUGCCAAUAAGCCAGCACUCCUUAGAUCACUUUUCACUGUUGGAGCACUGUGUCGGCAUUUUGAUUUUGAUCAUGAAGAUUUUAAGGGCAACAGUAAGGUUAACAUUAAGGAUAAAGUACUUGAACUGCUGAUGUAUUUUACAAAGCAUUCAGAUGAAGAAGUACAAACAAAAGCCAUUAUUGGUCUUGGAUUUGCAUUUAUUCAGCACCCAAGUUUAAUGUUCGAACAAGAAGUGAAGGCUCUGUACAACAACAUUCUUUCAGAUAAGAACUGUUCAGUAAACUUAAAAAUCCAGGUAUUAAAAAACCUCCAGACCUACUUGCAGGAGGAGGAUACCCGUAUGCAGCAGGCAGACAGAGACUGGAAAAAAGUAGCAAAACAGGAAGACCUGAAAGAAAUGGGUGAUAUUUCCUCAGGGAUGAGUAGUUCCAUCAUGCAGCUAUAUCUCAAACAGGUCCUUGAGGCUUUCUUUCAUAACCAGUCCAAUGUACGCCACUUUGCCCUAAAUGUCAUUGCACUGACAUUAAACCAAGGUCUCAUCCAUCCUGUUCAGUGUGUGCCGUACUUAAUUGCUAUGGGCACAGAUCCAGAGCCCUCUAUGCGAAAUAAAGCUGAUCAACAGUUGGUGGAAAUAGACAAAAAAUAUGCUGGAUUCAUUCAUAUGAAAGCAGUGGCUGGUAUGAAGAUGUCUUACCAAGUACAGCAGGCAAUUAAUACCUGCCCAAAAGAUCCUGUGAGAGGUUUUAGACAUGAUGAAUCAUCCAGUGCACUGUGUUCACACCUCUACUCCAUGAUUCGAGGGAACCGUCAACACAGACGAGCCUUUCUAAUUUCUUUACUCAACCUCUUUGAUGAUACUGCAAAAACAGAGGUGAAUAUGCUUUUGUACAUAGCAGACAAUCUAGCCUGUUUUCCUUACCAAACACAGGAAGAGCCACUGUUUAUAAUGCAUCAUAUAGACAUUACACUAUCAGUUUCUGGUAGCAACCUACUACAGUCAUUUAAAGAGUCUAUGGUGAAAGACAAAAAAAAGGAAAGAAAGCCUUUAUCAGAUGAGGAGACUGACAGUGACAGUAACAGUGGAAGUGGGAGUGAAAGUGAGGAGGAAGCUUCUAAGCCUCGGAGGUUACGGAAACGAGUGGACUCUGAUUCAGAUUCUGAUGAAGAAAAUGAUAUAAAUGCAGUGAUGAAGUGUUUACCUGAAAAUUCAGCUCCUUUAAUUGAAUUUGCUAAUGUCUCCCAAGGCAUAUUAUUACUUCUGAUGCUGAAACAGCAUCUAAAGAACCUCUGUGGAUUCUCUGAUAGUAAAAUUCAAAAAUAUUCUCCAUCUGAAUCUGCAAAAGUUUAUGAUAAAGCUAUAAACAGGAAGACGGGAGUGCAUUUCCAUCCAAAACAAACUUUGGAUUUUCUGCGGAGUGAUAUGGCUAAUUCCAAGAUCACGGAAGAGGUGAAGAGGAGUAUAGUAAAACAGUACUUAGAUUUUAAGCUCCUUAUGGAACAUUUGGAUCCUGAUGAAGAGGAGGAAGAUGGAGAGGUGUCAGCUAGCACAAAUGCUCGGAACAAAGCAAUUACCUCGCUGCUUGGAGGAGGCAGCCCUAAAAACAAUGCAGCUGAGACAGAGGACGAUGAAAGUGAUGGGGAGGAUAGAGGAGGAGGCACUUCAGGGUCAUUGAGAAGGUCAAAACGAAAUUCAGACUCUACGGAGUUGGCAGCACAGAUGAAUGAAAGUGUUGAUGUCAUGGAUGUCAUCGCUAUUUGCUGUCCAAAGUACAAAGACCGACCACAAAUUGCAAGAGUAGUACAGAAAACCAGCAAUGGCUUCAGUGUUCAGUGGAUGGCAGGCUCCUACAGUGGCUCCUGGACUGAGGCUAAGCGCCGUGAUGGCCGCAAACUGGUGCCUUGGGUAGACACUAUUAAAGAGUCAGACAUUAUUUACAAAAAAAUUGCUCUAACGAGUGCUAAUAAGCUGACUAAUAAAGUUGUGCAGACUUUACGAUCGCUGUAUGCCGCCAAGGAUGGAACUUCCAGCUAAUGAAUUUGUACAUGCAGCCAAAUUUACAGGAAUUGAAAUAACAGAAAAACUUGAAAUACCAACUUUCUGGCAAAAAAAAAAAAA